AUGAGUGAAAGUGAACAACCGAAGGUGCUGGACGAGACGUCCAGGGCUGACGUGGAGAAGGUGGAUCAGGAGAACCAGACUGCUGUUGAGGGUGAAGUUUCGCCUAAAUCUGAUCCAAUUGAGGACAAUACUACUAAAGAGGACGCUGUUGAGGAGCCCAAGGAGACGGAGCCUGAAGUUGCCGAAGAAGCUGCUGAUCAGGCCGCUGAAGAGACUUCUGGUGAAGCCAAAGAAGAAGAGGCUGAAGCUGAGCCUGCUGACUCGAACCCUGCCGAGGACGUUGCCCAGGAAGGUGAAUCCUCAGAUCAACCCCAGGAACCUGAAAAAGUGGAGGAGGGUACCUCUGCUGAGGGCCAGGAAGAAGACAAUGCUGAAGGUGAUGCAGAGACUUCUCAGGAGAACGGCUUUGCUCACGAUAAGCCAUUGCCUGAGAUUAAUAUCGCUGGCAGCUCUACCGAUAACGCUGCUGAAACAGACGCUCCAAAGGAGGCCGAACUACCCGCCAAAAAGUACUUUAACGCCACCGUUGACAAUAUUCACAUCUUCAACAAGACCUUUGAGCAGAUUCUAGGCAGCAAAGAAGCCAAGAAGAACGACCAGUUGAAAAAUGCUACCCAAAAGGCCAUCGAUUCAUUGAACAACCUGUCCUCCAGAGACCCUCACGUUAUGUACGAAGCUUUAAAGAUGGCCUGUGAAUUGGGUAGCCAUGAUUUGAAGAGAAACGCCGUGGACUUGUUUGCUAAGUUGUUCGACUACGCCCUGUUUGAAGAUGAAAGCGAUAGAGUGAAGCUCACGGAUGACUCUGUUGAUGUCAUUUCUGCAUGUUUCGAAGGUGAGGGCACCGACCCUGAAGUCGAAUUGCAAGUCGUCAGAGCAUUGAUGCACAGUAUCCUACUAAUGCCUACCCACGGCGCGUCUCUCUUGAAGGCGGUUAGACAGAUCUACAAUGUCUUUAUCUUUUCGCUUACUCCUAGAAACCAGGCUGUUGCCCAGGGUAUUUUGACUCAAGUUAUCGGCGCCAUUUUCCAAAGAGUUCAAGAAUCUUUGGCUAAUAAGUCUAGGAUGUCUAAGUCCAGCAGUAAUUUCAACCUCAAGCUGGAUGACAGCCAGCAGGAAGAAUCUGAACCUAAAGAGAAGCUCACUUUGGCUGCUUUGGAAAACAACUCCAGCUUGGACCUGGAGCGUGUGAACGAAGCUAACUUGGCUUCUGAGAACGACGAGGACUUGGCCGUCAAGGACGCUUUCUUGAUCUUCAGAGCCAUGUGCAAGCUCUCUAUCAAAGACCUUGAUACCGAUAAUGUGGAUAUGAAGUCUCAUUCUGUCCGUUCAAAGCUUCUUUCUUUGCACAUUAUCCAUACCAUCUUGAAGGAGAACAUUGACAUUUUCUUGAGCAAGGAUGUGGUCAUUCUUUCAUCCAACUCCGAUGACAGGACUCGCUUAAUUGAUGCGGUGCGUUCGUACUUGUGCCAGGCCUUAAUUAAGAAUGCUGCUUCGCCACUUGCUCCAAUCUUCGAGUUGUCUCUCGAGAUUUACUGGCUCUUGAUCUCUAACUUGAGAUCUGACUUCAAGAUGGAGAUUCCUGUUUUCUGGGAGCAAAUUUACAUGCCUGUUGCCGAAAUGAAGACAUCGACGCCUCAUCAAAAGCGUUACUUGUUGUCAAUUAUCGAACGUCUAUGCAGCGAUUCUCGUUGUCUCAUAGAAUUCUACCUCAAUUACGACUGUGACAGUGAGCAGCCUAAUAUUUGUGAGAAGAUCGUUGACUUGUUGACUAAGUUAUCCUUAUCUCGUGUUGAAGUUACCUCAACUCAAAAAGCUGCUUACCGUGAGAAUGGCCGCAGGGGAAUUUCCUUGUACGAUAUUAGCAAGAUUGCUAACUUGACCAGCUCGACUAUUUCAUCCAAGCCUCCUGAGCCAGAUAUCUACAACAGCUUCCCGCUUGAGUAUGCUAUGAAGAUGUCUUCCAUCAACUGCACCGUUGCAUUUUUGAGAUCUCUUUAUUCUUGGGCCCAAAAGAGUAUCAGCUCAACCUCCAAGCUUAAUGGCUUUGGUUCCAGAACGAGUCUCAACGCAGGCAGGUCCUCCAACGGUGAGUCGCCCAACUCAAGUCAAAUUACUUCAAGAAAUGCUUCUUUUGUUGCGCCUACGAGUGGAUCUGAACCACCUGAAGGUUCCGACGAUCCGGAGCAGUUCCAGAAUCUGAAGCAGAGAAAGAAAGCUUUCUUGGAGGGGAUCAAACAAUUCAACCAGAGACCUAAGAAGGGUGUCAAGGCAUUGAUUGAAAAUGGCUUUAUCAAGUCCGAUGACCCAGAAGAUAUUGCUGUGUUCUUGCUUAGUACGGAGAACUUGAACAAGGCUGCCAUUGGUGAAUUCCUUGGUGAAGGUGAUGAAAAGAAUGUUGCUAUCAUGCAUGCCUUCGUGGAUCAAAUGAACUUCAAUAACACUGGUUUCGUUGAUGCUAUGCGUACCUUCUUGCAGGCCUUCAGAUUGCCUGGCGAAGCUCAAAAGAUUGAUAGAUUCAUGUUGAAGUUCGCCGAACGUUACGUUCUCGGCAACCCAGGUAUCUUUAGUAACGCCGACACCGCUUAUGUUCUUGCUUACUCCGUUGUUAUGUUGAACACGGAUCAGCAUUCUCCUCAGAUCAAGAAUAGAAUGACUGUCGAUGGUUUCGUUACCAACAAUAGUGGUAUUGAUGACGGUAAGGACUUGCCAAGGGAACUUCUUGAAAAGAUUUACUACGAGAUUCAACUGAACGAGAUCAAGUUGCAGUCGGAGCAGCAUGCUGCUCUUCUUGCUGGUGAUGCUUCAGUCACCCCGGCUGCAUCUGUUGGAUUCUUUGGAGGUAGAGAUCUUACUAGGGAAGCCUACUUGCAUGCAUCCAAGGAAAUGUCGACGAAGACAGAGAAGCUCGUCAAGAGCUUGGGUAAGAAGAUGAAGUCUGACGAUGCCCUGGGAUCCGUGUUCCACGCUGCUUCCCACGUUAUUCAUGUUAGAACCAUUUUUGAGACGUUGUGGAUGUCCAUCUUAGCCGGUUUGACUCCUCCAUUCAAGGAGUACGACGAAGAGGAUGUUACUAAUGUUUGUCUUGAAGGUAUCAAGCUCUCUAUCAAGAUUGCAUGCAUGUUCGAUAUCCCUUACGCAAAGAAGUCUUACAUCAGCGCCUUGGUUCAGUUCCAGAGUUUGACUAAUAUGGAAAACAUCAAGCCUAAGAAUAUUGCUGCAGUUCACAUCAUGUUGGAUAUUGCAAUCAGCGAGGGAGACCAUUUAAAGUCUGCAUGGAUUCAAGUGCUUACCUCCAUUUCUCAGCUCGAACGUUUGCAAUUGAUCGCGCAGGGUGUUGAUCAGGACUCCAUUCCUGACGUCUCGGCUGCCAAGAUGGUCAACAGAAAUUCUAUUGAUAGCACUGCUUCUUCAGGAUUCUUCAGUCUGUUCACUCCGUCUCAGUCUGCGUCUAUGAAGUUCCAUAACCAACAUUUGUCCCCUCAGGCUGCUCAACUUUUGUCAAGAACUCAAUUAAGUGUUGCUAUGGACAAGGUGUUCACUAACAGUGCUGAGUUGUCAGGUGAAGGUAUCAAGGACUUCAUCGAAGCAUUGAGUAAGGUCGUCUCCGAGGAGAUUGAGUCUUCUGGACUGUCCACUAACCCUAGAAUGUUCUCACUCCAGAAGGUUGUGGAUAUCUGUUACUACAAUAUGAGCAGAAUCCGUUUGGAAUGGUCUCAAUUGUGGGCUAUAAUGGGAGAAGUUUUCAAUGUCGUUGGUUGCAAUGCCAACAUUAAUGUUUCGUUCUUUGCAUUGGACUCCCUCAGACAGUUGUCAUCCAGAUUUAUGAACAUUGAGGAAUUGGCUCAGUUUAAGUUCCAGAAGGAGUUCUUGAAACCUUUUGAGCAUAUCAUCGUCCACAACCCAUCCUACGAUGUGAAAGAUAUGGUUGUCGAGUGUAUGAACAAUUUGAUCUUGGCAAAUGCUCCUCAAAUCAGAUCUGGUUGGAAGACCAUCUUCAAGGUUCUCACCGCUGCUGCUCGUGAGAAGAAGGAUGGCUUGGUAACCAAGGCAUACAAGCUUGCGUUCACUAUCAACAAGGAGCACAGCGAGGAGGUUCGUCGUCAAGAUUCAUUCCCAGACAAGGUCGAAUGUUUCACCCAGUUUGCUAAGAAUGAGAAAUUCCAAAAGGUUGGUCUCCUUUCCCUUGAGGUGUUGCUGAAGAUGAUUGUGAAGGUGGCUAAUCUUACUGCCGAACAAGAAAAGAACGGCAAGGUCGUUAUUGGUGGCUCCGAGAAUGCUGAUACCUUGCGUAAACUCUGGUUCCCUGUCUUGUUUGGUUUCUUUGACAUUAUCAUGACAGGUGAAGAGCUCGAAGUUCGUUCGAGAGCAUUGACUCAUUUCUUCGACGUUCUUCUGAAGUAUGGUGCAAACUUUAAGGAGGACUUCUGGAACGACAUUUGCCACAAGCUCUUGUUCCCUAUCUUUGGUGUGUUGGCCAACCCUUGGAAGUUGAAUUACCAGGAAGACGGAAGCUUGUCUGAGAGGGAUAGAAUCUCAUUCUGGGUCUCUACAACUUUGAUUCAAGCCCUCAACAGCAUGGUGUCGCUUUUCACUCAGUACUUUGACGAUCUUACUCCAAUGUUGAAGGAUUUCUUGGAUCUCCUCAUCAAUUGUAUCUGUCAAGAGAACGACACCAUUGCAAGAACUGGUAAAUCAUGCUUGCAAGACUUUUUGAUUAAGAAUGCGGGUAGACUUAGUGAACAGCAAUGGGAUUUGAUCGCUGAUGCUUUCGAGUCUUUGUUCGACCUCACUACUGCUAACGAGUUAUUCACCUUGGAUCCAGCCAAGAAGCAAGGUGCAGAGGAUGAUGGUAUUGAUGUCCCUCUUGAUCUCAAUGAUUCUUCCAGACAAUCCCAUGAAGUCGCUUCCCCUGUCAAGGAUGAGGCCGAAGAAAGGUUGCAAAGAUCCAAGGAUAAGUCCUCUAUUGUCAUCAAGUGUGUCCUUCAGUUGUUGAUGAUCGAGACCUUGCUGGAGCUCUCUGUUGAAGAAGCUUUCUACGAUAGUAUUUCCCACCACCACUUGAUGAAGCUCGCUCACUUGUUAGAAUCAAGUUACAACUUUGCAAGAACUUUCAAUGACGAUUACGACUUGAGACUCAGAUUGUGGAAUGCCGGUGUGAUCGAAAGACUUCCAAACUUGCUCAAACAGGAGAGCAUGUCAUCUGCUGUUUUCUUGAACAUCAUGUUCAGACUCUACUGUGACAACAACAAGGUUAGUGGAGAGGUCAAGGAAACAAUCCUCAAGUCUGUUGUACCUCUUUCCAACGACAUUGUGGACAGAUUUGGCCAGCUCGACGAGUCUAACCAGCAAAAGAGUAUUUCUACGUGGAAGCCUGUUGCCAUAGAGAUCCUUAGAGGAUAUGUCGAACUUGAUGACGCAGACUUCUCUAAGCAUUCUCCUUCCAUGUACAAGUUGUUGUUGAAGUUGUUCGAUAGAGGCAUGUCGCAAGAGUUGAGAAAGGCCAUUCAAAUGUUCUUUUCCAGAGUGGUACUAACCGACCAGAACUUGUACGCUUUAUUGGGUAACGAUGUGGAGGAUGAGCUGGCGCUCCCACCACAGGCCCCAAGAGAGAUUGUGAAGAACACCACUUCUUCUAAGAAGAGUGACGUUCCUCCACCAAAGGCCGACCCUACCAGAGCCAAGAAGAACAAGAAGGGCCCAACUGGUAACGAGGCUGCUCUCAAAAACAAGACCAACAACAAGGACGUUGCUCCUCCAUCCAACACUGCUUCCUCCAAGGAGAAGAAGCCAUUUGACCGUCACUCCAGAACCGGCAAGACCGACUCUAAGAAGAAGUUCAAGCAGGGCUGGGGUUCUAACGACAAGAGAGAGUUGGACGACGAGACCAACGCUACCGGUGAUGCUUUGGCUGACUUGGAGCAGGAGGGCGCCGAGAAGGGCGAGCCAGCUCCACCAGCUGCCAAGUCUUUGCAGGACUACUUGAACGAGUUGCAGCUCGCUGAGAACAACUUGGACGGUAAGAGAACCGUCAGAUCCGCUAACCAGGGUGCCGAGGCUAAGUGGGCCGAAGGUGAGGCUGUUGAGAAGCACACUGAGGACUACUUCAAGGCCACUGCUGCUAGAAAGCAGAAGCAGAAGGCUACCAAGGAGAAGAAGUUCUUGGACUUCAACGCUGUCUUCGCUGACGAGGCUCCAAGACCUCAGAACGACUCUUCCAGAGGCGGCUUCAAGGGCUCCAGAGGCCCAAAGCCAGCCAGAGGUGGUAAGGGCGGUAACAACGCCAACACCAACAACAAGAAGGCCCAGCCACCUGCUGUGAACGACAAGAACUUCCCAUCUUUGAAGUAA